AUGGCCGCCACUGACCGAGCCGUUGUGGCCCUUCGUAGACUGGCAGAUGCCCUUAUGCACGCAGGGAGGGUGCCAGCGGCCGAUGUGUGCUAUACUCUGGGCAAAUUAGCUAGCGGAGCGAAGCAGAUGUUUGACCCUGUUGAUGACCCUAAUGCCCUUAUGAGUAUGUUGUUGGUGGACCCUAGGGAUAUCUCGAAGCUUAGCCGCAUCCUGCAGCCUCGAGCGCUGCAUGCUUCAGAGGUGUUGGAGUACGUCGGCCCAGCUGUAGUGGAGCCCUCGUUGAUCCCCUUCAAGUUCGUCUAUGCCCAGCGGCUUGCGGAGUGCGGCCUCCUGGACCAAGCAUCGGCCUAUUGUCGAGAGGUCUACCAGUACAUGGGCGACCAGCCUAGUGGGAGGUACUCCCAGCAGUUGAGAAGUCUCGUUGGGGACUUUGGAAGGAGGCUGACCAUGCACAGAAGAUACGUCACGGAGGCGGAGCUGUGCACGUCGGACUACAAGUUGGACGAGUCUGAUAGUCGUGGGAUUUGGGGUGGCCUCAAGUCCCUGGCCGGAGCCUCUAUGCAGACCACACCAGAAAGCACUUGGGCUAAG